AUGGACAGCGUUGAGCAAAUUGGCCUUCAUCACUACAGGCAGCCUUAUCUUGCUGUCGCACUGGACGAAGCCCAGCUUGAUGCCCUUGGGCAGCGGGUAGAAAAGAAGUCCCUGUCAUUUCUGGAGAGGGUGAAGGCACAAUGUUGGUGUUCCGGUCCCAGGAUGAAGUGCUUCCUACUGGGCUUUUUUCCUGUCCUGUCAUGGCUGCCUCGAUACUCCAUCAGAGAAAACGCCAUUGGAGACCUAGUGUCUGGAGUCAGUGUCGGGAUGAUGCAGCUGCCACAGGGUAUGGCCAACGCCAUGUUGGUGGGAAUUCCUCCAGUGUUUGGUCUCUACACAUCUCUCUAUCCUCUGAUCACUUACUUCAUCUUUGGCACCUCCAGACACCUCUCUAUUGGUACUUUUGCUGUCCUGGCUAUCAUGAUUGGGUCUGUGACAGCCAACGUGGAGCUGCAUAGCAACAACGUUGAAGAGAGUCAGAUUGAUGCGGAAGCGGCCAAAGUGAAUGUGGCUGUACAACUCACCUUCCUCUGUGGCCUCAUACAGCUCUUACUGUACCUGCUGCGUGGAGGCAGUGUGUGUCGCUGGCUGUCUGAUCCUGUAAUCAGAGGCUACUCCACAGGAGCAGGUCUGCAUGUGAUCGUCCUGCAGCUGCCGCUGAUGACUGGAAUACCUGCACAGAGACAUACUGGACUGCUGGCUUCAGUUUGGACUUUAAAGGAUGUUCUGCACGGAGUGACCAGUGCUGUAACAGGAAUGCUGUCAGUCUCCGCGGUUUCCAUGGUAAUACUCAUUGGAGGCAAGAUGCUGAAUGAGCGCUUUAAGAACAAGCUGCCUGUCGCCAUACCAUGGGAACUGUUACUGAUUGUCCUGGGCACCAUCCUGUCAGUGCAGAUGGAUCUGGUUGGACAGCACACAGUCCAGGUGGUGGGACACAUACCCAGUGGCCUGUCUUCCCCAGUCCUUCCAUCUCUCUCUCAGGCCAGAGAGCUGUUCAUUCCAGCUCUGUCUGCAGCUCUGGUCGGCUUCAGUUUCCUCUCAGCCAUGGGCUCCGUGUUCGCCCACAAACAUGGCUACCAUGUAGACUCCAGUCAGGACCUGCUGGCUCUGGGUCUAUGCAACACCAUAGGAGGAAUGUUCCAGUGCUUCGCUGUCAGCUGCUCCUUCUCUCGCAGUAUGGUCCAGGAUAGCAUUGGUGUCAAAUCCCAGAUGGCCGGUUUGGUAUCAGCUCUGGUGAUUCUAACUAUCCUGUUGAAGAUUGGUCCCCUCUUUGAGCAGCUGCCAAAGGCGGUACUGGCAGUGAUCAUCGUGGUGAACCUGCAAGGGAUACUGGCUCAGUUCAAAGAUGUGUGUGUGCUCUGGAAGUCUGACAGAUUAGACCUGAUGGUGUGGAUAGCCUCGCUGAUUUCAACGCUGGUCUUUAACCUGGACCUGGGUCUGGCUGUGGCUGUCGUCUUCUCUCUGCUCACGCUCAUCUACAGGACACAACACGCCUCCACUGUUGUUUUGGGUCAUAUUCCUGGUACAGACUGUUACAGAGAUGUGGGACUCUACACUGAGGCAAAGCAAGUUCCCGGGGUGACCAUACUCUCCUAUACCAGUCCUAUUUACUUUGCCAACUCGGAACUUGUCUUCACACAGAUCAAGCAGACAGUGAGUCGUGAUCAGAAGAAGAACCCAGCUAUAAUCCACACCUCUACCUCUACCUCCUCCUCCUCAGCCCAGACACCGACACACAGUCAUUGCUUGGUUCUGGAUCUCAGCUCUGUCACCUUCAUGGACUCUGUGGCCAUGCCAGCACUUUGCAAGGUUGUAGAAGACUUGGAAGUCCAGGGUGUCAGUGUGUUUCUGGCAGCUUGCCCAGAGAGAGUUUUAUCUCAGCUCCAGACUCAGGAUUGUACAGCAGACAGCCUGCCCAGCUCCUGUCUCUUCCCAUCGGUCCACCAUGCUGUACAGCGCUGCCUCAGCACCCUGCCCAGGCCUCUGCAGGAAAUCAAUCCAGAUGCAAGUGAAUGUUGAACCUACAUGACUACUGCUUUUGAAUGUAAAUUACAGGACAGCAAGACAAAUCCUGGGGGGGGGAUAGAUUGCUGACAGAACAAUCACAGCUUCAUUUUAUUUUAAAAGAAAGCCAUUUACAUUUUUCACAAUAUGUCUAUGUGUACACUUCUCACAAAUUCCCAGACAAUAAAUGUAAUUGUUCCCCAAUUAUUUUUUGCACUAUUAUUGAGCUCUUUGUCAUGAGCAUUUUAGAUUUGAUUAAGGCCACUGAAGCUGACAUAAUGAGAUGACCUUUACAAUGAAGGGAGAAACAUAAACAGCCGUGGCUCCGUAAGCACUGAAAGCGCAGGAGAAUGCAUGACAAAUAUUUCCAAAUUAAUUCAUCAGUUACUAGUAUGCUACUGUUAAAUCUGUGUUUUGAAACCACUUAGUCGAGAUGUAAUAACUUGGAAUCUGAAACACUUAAUUUGUUGCUCAGCCUUCAGAAUGAGAGCUUCCUACAGUUGCACAAUAACAAAACACAAAAAUAUGUGUGUACACUCGUGUUUGGAAUAUUUCACACAAAAGUGCAACAUAGAGCAGCA